AUGCUACAGCUGAGCCUGUCCUGGCUGGGCCUGGGGCCUGCAACAGCUUCCCUGUGGCUGUUCCUACCCCUGACUGGGGCCUCCUGCCUCCUGGCUUACAUCCUGAGCCAGGCUCAUGCUGUCUAUGAAAUCUCCCAUCGCCUUUGCUGUUUCCUUCAGCCCCCCAAACGAAACUGGCUCUUGGGUCACCUGGGCCUGAUCCAGAGCUCGGAGGAAGGGCUCCUGUACGUCCAGAGCCUGGUGCGGACCUUCAGGGACGUGUGCUGCUGGUGGGUGGGGCCAUGGCAACCCGUCAUCCGCAUAUUCCACCCUGCCUUCAUCAAGCCUGUGCUCUUGGCUCCAGCUUCAGUUGCUCCCAAGGACACAGUCUUCUACAGUUUUCUGAAGCCCUGGCUGGGAGAUAGCCUCUUGAUGAGUGCCGGUGACAAGUGGAGCCGCCACCGGCGCAUGCUGACACCCGCCUUCCACUUCAACAUCCUGAAGCCAUAUGUGAAGAUUUUCAGCGCCAGCACCAACAUCAUGCAUGCCAAGUGGCAGCGCCUAGCCUCCAAGGGAAGUGCCCGCCUGGACAUGUUUGAACACAUCAGCCUCAUGACGCUGGACAGUCUGCAGAAGUGUGUCUUCAGCUUUGACAGCAACUGUCAGGAGUGA